GAUCCACAACACCGUUUGAGCGCUAAAAUCGAGCUGAUGGAAGUGAGAGAAGAACGCGAAAAGCUGAAGGAACUGGAGGAGGAACAGCAUGAUUUCAUAAAUAGAGAAAAAUCUUUAAGUGGCUCAAAGACAGAAAAUAAUUUCUCACCUAAAAAGCCUCAAAGAACAGCCAAGAAAUCUUUCACCUGCUCUCAGUGUGGAAAUUGUUUCACAUGUAAAAGCAAUCUUAAUAUACACAUGAGAGUUCAUACUGGAGAGAGACCUUACAUGUGCCAUCAGUGUGGGAAAAGUUUUGUAUAUGCAACCAAUCUCAGGAAUCAUCUCUUUUGUCACUCUGGAGAAAAGUUAUUUGAAUGUGAUCAGUGUGAUAAAACAUUUGUUCUGGCACAGUACCUAAAACAACAUCUGAAAACUCACACAAAUGAGAAGCCUUACAAGUGUUCAUUUUGUGGAAAGAAUUUUGCACACCUGUCCUAUUUGAAGCAUCACCAGAAAAUACAUACCAGUGUGGUGGCUCAUGUGUGUUUUGAAUGUGAAAAGACCUUUACUACAGCCCGCAGCUUGAAACUGCAUCAAAGAAUUCAUACUGGAGAGAAACCAUACAAGUGCUCACACUGUGAAAAGAGUUUCACUCAGUCACAUCACCUGAAAUCACACAAGAUAUUACAUACUGGAGAGGAACCUUACAAGUGCUCACACUGUGGAAAGAGUUUCACUCGGUCACAUUACCUGAAAUCACACGAGAGAACUCAUACUGAAGAGAAACUUUACAAGUGCUCACACUGUGAAAAGAGUUUCAUUCAGUCAGUAAACCUGAAAAGACAUGAGAGAAUUCAUACCAGAGAAAAACCUUACAAAUGCUCACACUGUGGAAAGAGUUUCACUCAGUUAAUAAACCUGAAAAAACACGAGAUAAUUCAUACCAGAGAAAAACCUUACAAAUGCUCACACUGUGAAAAGAAAUUCACUCGGUCACAAGCCUUGACAACACAUGAGAGAAUUCAUACUGGUGAAAAACCUUACAAGUGCUCACACUGUGGAAAGAGUUUCACUCAGUCAGUAAACCUGGAAAUACACAAGAGAAUUCAUACUGGAGAGAAACCAUACAAGUGCUCACACUGUGGAAAGAGUUUCACUCGGUCAGAACACCUGAAAACACAUGAGAGAAUUCAUACUGGAGAGAAACUUUACAAGUGCUCACACUGUGGAAAGAGUUUCACUCGGUCACAAGACCUGAAAACACAUGAGAGAAUUCAUACUGGAGAGAAACCAUACAAGUGCUCACACUGUGAAAAGAGUUUCACUCAGUCAGUAAACCUUAAAAGACAUGAGAAAAUUCAUACAGGAGAGAAACCUUACAAGUGCUCACACUGUGGAAAGAGAUUCACUCGUCCAAAAGACCUGGAAAGGCACGAAGGAAUUCAUAGAGGAGAGAAACCUUACAAGUGCUCACACUGUGGAAAGAGUUUCACUCUGUCACAAAACCUGAAAAGACACGAGAGAAUUCAUACUGGAGAGAAACCUCUCAGGGCCUGAAAUUCAUAUCUGAAAAUCGGGAAGGAAUUCCCCCCUUAAGGCCUCGAUAUAAUUCCUACGAAAUGAAAGAAUUUAUUUCAAUUUGAAAAAUGGUAUGUCUCAAUAAUACAAAAUUGCAUGAACAUCACAUAUUUACAAAUAUUUUGGCUAAUAAAUUAACAUAGCAACAAAACUAAUGCACUGACAUAGAGGUGGCUGCAUUUCUCCAGAUUUGUAAUGAGGAGCUUAAAAAGUUUGAGCCCGACUGAUAUGGGAUUUUUGAGACCGAUACCAAUUUUAGAGGGGGGAAAAUUCACCAAUUACAGGUAUGGUGGCCGGUAUAGUUAAUUUUUGAGCUGGAAUGAAACAGAACUUUUCUAUGUGGAUUGUGCACCGAUUUUGCACUGAUAUGACUAUGCAAAGGUACUUAGAAGGCUGCUUUCUUAAACAAAUAUUUUAUCAAAGAAUAUUUGACAUUAUUAUUAUACAUUGUCAACAAAUUCUAGAAAUUGAAGAAAAAUAAAAUAAAUACCUAAAUAAACAUCAGUACUGACUGUUUAAGUCAAUUGCUGACCAUUUAAAUAUUCUUUUUCCAGUGAGAAAUACAUGAACUGGGUUUGAAUGUUAUUUUAGACUAAUGAAAUUAAAUCUCAGAACUUUAUUUUUGUACCCCCAUUGUCACCUCACAUACCUCAGUUUGGGAAACACUGUAGUAGAGGAAUAUAGCUGAUAAAAUGUGUCUGAUCAGAAGGUAAAAGUUAUUUCCACAUUCUGGUGGUUGGGAGCAGAGGUAUUCAAGCCUUAAUAUACUUUUUAAUAUGAGUUAAAAAGUAAUGGAGACCUGUCGAAAGUUACAUUUUUAAACUUUGAAGGGUUGCUAAAAAUAUGACUUCAUGUGCUCUCUAGACUCACUUAAUGACAUCAAUAAACUCAUGUUUUGGUUGACAGGCUUCAGGCCUUUCGACAUAUACUUGAUGAUGGUGUUGGCAUUUACACACAUUUAUGAGAGAGAGAGAAAACAUACUUUUAAGCAGCUCUUAUAGUAUAUUUCUCUAUUUUAUAGUAUAUUUUUAUAUCAAAGUACUUAUAUGAGGUUACUGGACUUUGUGUGACCCAGGGGAGAGCAUAUGAGGUUACAAAGUGUUGAUGCUGAAAAAACCACAAAGAGCACCCAGCUGUAACAAAAUAAUGAUGCUAUUGACCUUGAUAAACACAGCUGAAGAUAAAGAGUAAAAACAACCAGUGACCUUAUUAUGCUCAGACUGUCAUGUUUGAUUUACCACUUUAAUUAAAAAGAUAGACUAAAGCCAGGUUUCUACCUUUAAAAAAAGAUAUCAAAAGGCUUUGUGAGAUAAUGGUGGCGAACAGUAUCCAUUGGUUACAAAAAUAAUGAUGAGGCUUAGACAUGGGGUAAUGCCAGAUUACAAACUGUAUAAAAGAGGAGGUUUUGGACCAAGAGAGUCCGAUCUCAGCUGACAUCUCUGGUUUGUUGGUUUGCUGAAUAAACUUUCAACUUUGACAUCUGGAACCCAUGACUCUGAGAGAUUUCUUGCAAAGAGGGAAAGAAUCUUCAAAAAUGUUCCAGACUUUUAAAUACCGGUAUUACAUUUUAUAAA